ACGACUAGUUGGGUGAGGUGUCAAACCGACCUUUUAAGUACAGUGGUCGUCUACCUUCUAGAGGUUGUGCAUAUCUUCUUACUUGAAGCAUCCCGUAUCUUGUUGUCUUUGUUUGCCACUUCACAUCUGCAACCAUGGGUUUUGCAGCAUAUAAGGCCAGGUUGAAUGACAUUGUGUCAGGCUCUGUUGUGGGGCGCUACUUCCACCUUGAUGGAUCUGGUCAUCCCAAUGAAAUCAAGGGUGCGAGGUUCACCACCGAGCUGCGAGCCGGUUUGACGACUUUCUUCACCAUGGCAUACAUCAUUGCUGUCAACGCAUCUGUACUCACUGAUUCGGGUGCCACAUGCGUCUGUAACGAUGCGAAUGACCCUACUUGCCUCAACGACAGAGAAUACAACCUCUGCCUUGUUGAAGUCAACCGAGAUCUUGUCACUGCCACUGCCGCCAUCGCUGCCUUCGGAUCGUUCCUCAUGGGCAUCAGUUCCAACCUCCCAGUUGCUGUCGCACCUGCCAUGGGUCUUAACGCCUACCUUGCCUACCAGAUUGUUGGCUUCCACGGAACUGGGCCGAUCAACUACCGCGUUGCCAUGAUGGCAGUGUUUGUCGAAGGCUUCAUCUUCAUUGCUCUGUCUCUCCUCGGCGUUCGUCAGUGGCUUGCACGCAUUAUCCCCGCCUCCAUCAAGGUAGCUUGUGGUGCUGGCAUUGGACUCUUCCUCACCCUGAUCGGAUUGUCUUACUCUGCUGGUAUCGGUGCCAUCACCGGUUCGAAGGCCACCCCUCUUGAGCUUGGAGGCUGCCCAACUCAGUACCUAGACCCGGACACUGGCGCAUGUCUUUCGCACAAGGCGACCUCGCCCACCAUGUGGCUUGGUUUCAUGGUCGGUGGAGUCCUGACCGCACUGCUCAUGACCUACAAGGUACGAGGUGCCAUGAUUGUUGGUAUCGCUCUCGUGUCCAUCUUCUCCUGGCCUCGCGACACAUCCAUCACAUACUUCCCCCACAGCGACGUUGGUGACAGCCGUUUCGAGUUCUUCAAGAAUGUUGUCGCUUUCCACCCUAUCCAGAGGAUCUUGGCUGUUCAGGACUGGACUCUUUCCACUAUCGACGGCAACGUCGCUGGUCAGUUCAUCCUUGCCGUCUUCACCAUGUUGUACGUUGACAUCCUUGACGCAACUGGUACCUUGUACUCAAUGGCCCGUUUCUCAGGUGUUGUUGACCCAGACACUGGUGACUUUCCCAAGAGCACCAUCGCCUACUGCGCUGACGCCAUAUCUAUCUCCGUUGGCUCUCUCUUCGGCUCCUCGCCCGUUACUGCGUUCGUUGAAUCUGGUUCUGGUAUUCAGGAAGGCGGUCGCACUGGUCUGACAGCCAUGACCACAGGUGUCUGCUUCUUCAUCUCACUCUUCUUUGCACCCAUCUUUGCUUCCAUCCCACCUUGGGCGACUGGUGGUGCUUUGAUCCUCGUUGGCUGCAUGAUGAUGCGCGGAAUGACAGCGAUCAACUGGAACUACCCUGGAGACUCCAUCCCGGCCUUCGUCACUCUUAUGUUCAUGCCCUUCUCGUACUCCAUCGCGUACGGUCUGGUUGCUGGUAUCAUGUGCUACGCCAUUCUCAACACAGUCACUUGGGCUCUUGGUGCGGUCUCUCGUGGUCGCCUUCUGCCUCCUGACUACGACGACAAGGAGUACUGGAGCUUCCGUUCCGACUCUGCUCGCAACCAGCCAUGGUUCAUUCGCGCCAUCAAGGGCGAUAAGCGUUUCUGGAGGCCCGAAGACAAUGACUCGUUCGAGCUACAAUCUGCGGAGAUUCGAACUAAAGAAUAGGUCGUAUCCACUCGUGUUGUUAUCAGCGUAUCGCAUGCAUUUUAAUAAUGAGACGUGUCAAGUUCCCAAAAAUAAAGACUAUCUACACUCA